AUGACUUUUAAUACCCUAGAGAGAUGCAAAGAACUAUGGAGGAGGGUAUCGCAAGGGGAAAUACUUUCAAGUUGAUAUCGUAUGACAGGCCCCGCCGUGUAUUUGAGGUGCAAACAUCUUUUCGCCGUGAACGAGGUCGCAAUAGACAGAUUGUGCGGAUGAAUCAACCCACGUGCAGUUGUGGGAAAUAUGAGAUAAAACACUAUCCAUGUUCUCAUAUGCUCGCUGUAAUGUCUGAAUGCGGUGACAAUCCAUUCCAGUACGUUGAUCCAGUAUACAGGCUUCCUGUAUACAUGAGGGUUUGGGAAACUAAAUUCAACCCAAUACCGCAUGAAGAUUAUUGGGAUGAUCCGCAGUGGACCUUAAUGCCUAAUGACCUUCGUCUGCGAGAAGUAAAACGGGGUCAUACAUCUAUGGCUCGUAUUCCGAAUGAGAUGGAUAUAUCAGACAGGCGUUUGACAGCUCGUUGCAGUGAGUGCCACCAGACAGGUCAUGACAGGCGAACAUGUCCGGCGCGACUUGGUCGAUGAAGACUAUGUAAUACUUACAUGUUGUAAUAUAUCAUUUUGAAAUUCUUCAUUUGUAAUAGAUCAUUUAAUUAUGUAUUUUUAAAUUCUUUAUUUGUAAACGGAGUCGUACAUUUGAAGUGUGUAUUA